ACAGAGAUUAUAUUCUAUAAUAGUAGCAUAGCUAUUAUUUAUCUCCACAAUAACACAACAUGGAGUUUACAGUGUCUGUUACAUCAGACCCUGAAAACAUUAGAAAGAAAAUUAAAUGUAUUUGCCCCAAAUCUAUCCGGGUGCAAUUAAAUAAAAUUGAUAUCCUUCAAAAUCCAAUGGAUACUCAGCAUGAGAAUCUGAAAAGGCCCCUAAUCAUUGACGGAGAGGCCGAGGAUGAAAAGGGGAAGAAGAAAACUAAAUAUGCUAGCAGUGAAAAAGGGGACAAUACGACGACGGCUAUGAAGAGGACAUCAUUUCUCCUGAAACAAUUUAAAAUCCACAAAGUCCUUGGAAAAGGAAGUUUCGGUAAAGUGGUCCUCGCAUCAAUGCCCCACAAAAAGCUUGUAGCUAUAAAAAUCAUUAAAAAUAGGCAUAAUGCAAGCAGUCUUCUGCGGGAGCGGAGAGUGCUCCUAGAAGCACAAGGCUGUCCCUACUUAAGUCAUCCCUACGCCGCACUUCAGUCUAAGGCCCAUGCAUACUUCAUUAUGGAGUAUAUUUGUGGUGGCAGCAUCAAAGCACUAAUGAAAACAUGGAAACACCUGGAGACUGACAAAGUGCGGUUCUAUGCAGCAGAAUUAAUUUGUGGUCUCCAAUUUCUACACAGCAGAGGCAUCAUCCAUCGGUUAGUACAAUAG